AUGCAAUACACUCCAAACCAACUCUUCCGCAUUUUCUGGCAACCACAGCAACUCCGUGUCAUCGCCAAGCCUCCCUGGAACAGCGGUGCUCUUCUCGAUACCACUUCACUUCUUCCUACCACUACUACUGCUUCUUCUUCAGCCGCUUUGUCAUGCGGCCUACUUGCACUGGACCCUUCUUUCCAAACCACUCCGGACUGGGACCUCUUUCCUAUUUCUGACUCACAUUAUCUUGGCGAUGGCACGCAAUUGCUUCCUGGCGAGCCAGCUCUACUUUCAACAGCGGGAGACAACAUGAAUACGUUCACUAUGCCGUCUGGCAUGGGCAAAAUGAACAAUAUGAAUACAUCUGCACCCAUGAUGAGGGAUCACUCUCUGUCUGGUUCUUCCUCCACAAGCAACAAGGACCAUGGUUCGUCUCCCACCGAGCAAUCCUCUUCAUCCAAAUUGUCAUCCACAAAGAACAGCCCUCUGGCCCCAGAGCCCUCUUCCCGGGUUGAGAAGCGGAAGGCCAACACGCUCGCUGCUCGUCGCUACCGCCAAAAGCGCGUCGAUCAAAUGAGUACUCUCGAAUCCGAACUCAAGGACGUCAAAGCCGAACGGGAUGAUCUCAAAGUCCGCAACGCCAGGCUGGAAGGAGAGGUCGAGACGCUUCGUGCUCUUCUACGUUCUCAAAAGUAG